AUGUCCGGCCAAACGAUCCAGUUCGGGGUUCCUUGUGAGUUCCGCUAUCACAGGUCCGUUGUCGAGUCCCGCUAUAGAGAAGUCAUAGACAUCCUUGCGUCUGCUGCGGAGAGCUUCCUUCCCAGCGUCGUUAUCCCGGCCGACCUCAAGAUUUACGACCGGGAUAUGAAGGUUAUUAACAAGGCCUUUGAGCUCGACUAUCCAGAGAUCUGGUGGACUCGCCCGACUAACUACUCCCUGACCAAUGGAAUCGUGACGCGUGUCUCUUUCCAGGAAUUCGAUCAAGCAGAGGUGAGGCUCAAGCAUGCAACCAUUGAUCAGGCACUCGCCAAGUUCAAAGCAGAGCUAAGGCCGUCCAUGAGCCAGUAUGAGGUCGAGCGCUGCAUUCAUGAUUUCAUCGUCGCCUAUUGUGAGUACUCGGCUAACUCGAGCGGCCGCAGCAACCUGCACCGUGACCACACCAUCUACGGAUUCUUCAGCCGCCAGCUGGGCGUCUGUGAGUGCUAUACCGAGGUCUUCCUCUACCUGUGCAUCAACUGCGGAAUCAGAGCCCUCAAGAUCACCGGUCUUGGCCACAAUGGUCCUCAUGCCUGGAAUAUGGUGCGCUUGGAAGAUGACUGGUACCACGUAGAUGUUACCUGGGACGACCCGCUGACGCCGGAGCGCGGAGAGAAGAAUCACUUCAUCUCCCAUCUAUACAUGAACCUCUCUGACGAGUACAUCAGUAUCAACCAUCAGCCGAGCAGCGAAUUUGGAUACCCCAAGGCGAACUCCAUGAAGUACAACUACAACGUGAUGUCUGGCUCCUUCAUCAGCGCAGGUCUAUCGGACCACGCGCUCAUCGAAUCCGUGGCUCUUGCAUGCAUCACUUACCUUGACGCUGGAUAUAGCCAGUGUGAGUUUCUGUUUGACAAGAGAAUCAGGUGCGAGGCAACGAUUAGUAUGAUCAAGGAGAACUGCUACAACAUCCUCUACUACAUCAGGCAGAACACAGACCACAAGAUUGCUAUUAACAGCAUCAGCUUCACCGACGGGCGUGACGCCUUUCCUGCCCUUGGGUUCAAGUUUAAAUAUGACGACUCUAUCUUUGUUUGCAGGUCUAUCAAGUUGUCCUCCUUCAAUGAUAGGGAGCAGGAGGCGAUGAUCGCUGCCGUGGUUGCUGCCGUGGACUCCGGCAAAACGAGCGUCCUGUUUACUUUUGACGACAAGUUCUCGUUUAAUGCAACCAUGGAAAAGUUCAACGGAGUUGUCUUUCACGUGUUGGCUGAGGCCAAAAAGCGCUGUGCCAACGGCCGAUUCCAGGAAGGCACAUUCAACUACACCACGAAUUCGGACAGGCAUGCAUAUUGCCUGGUGCUCUCCACCUACUCUUAG